CGAACUAUAAAGUAGUUGGACUCGAAGCGGGAGACUAGAAGAGCGGUGGGUGAACAUAGUGAAAAUCUCGGAGUACGCUUAUUUCAACAUUUCUUUUUUUCUACAACUUAUUCUUUUUUUUUUCAAUAACUUUGCCAUGGAUAUCACUAAUAUCAGGAUUACACUAGAAAAUCGGUCGCCCGAGGUUACAGAUGCAUUUUCACAGAAAACCAGACGCUCUGGAGGGUUGAAAACAUCUUGUCCACCACCUGAGAGGAGAAGCACUAUCAGCUCUGUGAUGCCUUCCUGCAUUUACCAGAAUGCAUUGCGCCUUCGGAAUUUGUCUGGGGGUAGCACAACAAGUGGCAGCAGUACCAACUCCAAUCAGUUGGAUAAUCAGUAUUUCUCAGACAAUGGCUACACCGUCCAGACCAACCGCAGCAACUCCUCCCCUUCCUCACAUAAAAAGCUGGAUAGAAGCUGGAGUGACAGUGACAAUGAUCGCAAUGUCUUGCACAGAUCUGUCAACUCAAGCAGGUACAAAACCGAACUUUGUCGUCCUUUUGAGGAGAGCGGAUCAUGUAAAUAUGGUGAUAAGUGUCAGUUUGCCCAUGGAUAUCAUGAAUUGAGAAAUCUGGCCAGGCACCCUAAGUACAAAACUGAGCUGUGCCGUACUUUCCACACUGUCGGGUUUUGUCCAUAUGGUCCCAGAUGCCAUUUCAUUCAUGAAGAUGAGACCAAACCAGAGGCAUCCCCUAAACUAGCAAGAUCAGGCAGCGUUCAGUCAUCAAGUGGGAGCAGCAGCCCAACACUAAGUCCACCCAGCAGCGAUGACAUUAAUGUCUUUAAUUACCAGAGUGACCCCUUAUCUUUGAGCAACCUGGAGAACCACCAGUUCAAUGCGCCUCUUUCGGUCAAUAUCAAUAGCAACUUUGACCAUGCGCUCAAGCAGCUUAGCCUGCUGAGCUUAAAUCACAACAACUGCGUGGAUGUUUUCAGCAGCAACAACAAAGAGCCUAAAAUAAUUGGUUCAGAAGAGCACGACAUCUUUAGUGAGAUUACCAUGUUCCGGGCUGAAGAUUUGGAUAAUGCUCCCAAACAGACAUCAUCUUGUGCCAUGCAGUCUGUGGUGAGAUUGGACAAUUUUCCAUCUGUGGACAACUUCUCUUCUGUCAGGGACACAUCUUUCUGGAAUAAAGAGAAUAUUUUUCAGAUCAUGAGACCCCUUGAUCCUUUUCAUCAUUCACCAACUGGCUCAGAUGGGUGCAGCAGCGGCAGCAGUAGCGAUUGUGGAGGCAGCACAGAAAGCCUGGCUAGCGCUGGGUUCACAGAAUGGCGUUCCCCAAUGGCUAUUGGACAGUACUGAACCUUUAUAUAAAUAAUUAUUAUUUUAAUAUUUUGUGUGAAUUAAGCUAUUUAUUUUAUUUUACAAAAAAAAUCAUAUAUAAAUAUAUAUAAAUUAACCUAACAGUGACUAUGUGUAGAUGGGAGUUCAUGCAACAGAUGUGCAUACACUUAAUAUCUGAAUUAUUGGCCUUGAUGUGUUACUCGUUUCUUGUGAUGAGUUCAUGAUUUGGUGUUGGUGCUGUGACUGCUCUGCACACUUGGCGUUUCUUUUAUUUUGUGAUUGUCAGAGAGAAAAGAGAUUUAUCAAAUUAACUUUUAUCAAAUGUUCAGCAUGAAUGGCAAGUGUACAUUUCAAACAAAAUGUUUAACAAGCGGUGGUGAAAUGAAAGAGAAAAAAAGUUUGCAAUAAAUUCUGUAUUAUAACUUAUGAUGCCAGACUGUGUAGAUCUGAGUGUGUGUGUGUCUUGAGUAAUUGAUGUUUAAUUGAAAUGUGACCCAAUGGCAUUUAAUGAUUAGAGCGCCACUGCAGUGUUCAUUUUAGUUUUCCCCCUCCUCCCUGUUUUCUAAUAUUUAUGCUGUAAUCUAAGACUCAAAUCAGAAUCUUUUUUUUUUUUUUUUAAAUACCUUGCUGUUCAGGGAAAUGUUUUAAACUCUUUGCCGUGUGUACAGAGUUAGCCAUGUGUACACCUUUAGUCCAAAAAGAGAGGAAACCUUUUCAUUUUCAGAAGUGUCUUGUGUUUUGUUCAAUGCAAAUAUGAUUGUACAUGACCUUUUCUAUCAUGUAUUUUUUUUCCACUUUUGACAAUUUGCAUUGCAUAUUAUUGUCUUUAAUAAUGUUAUAGAUGUGGAUAUCAAAUGGAUUCUUGUGAAUUUGUUAGCCCAUUAUAAUAUUAAAAAAAACAACAACCUCUAAGACCCUAUCACACAGCAGGCUUGGUUUGCCAGGUGAAGAAAGUAGGUCAAGGGUAAAUCCCACAUAUUACCAAGGGGAGGCUAUCAGACAGGUGUUCUCUCAGGGCUAACUGGCAUACACAAUUUCUCAUAUUUUUUUUACUUAUGUGUCAUUGUCUGUGACAUGUUAAAAGAUGUAUUUAAUUUAUUAUAAUAGAUAUGCCCUUGGUGCUUUCAUUGUCUGAUUGAAUCAAUUGCUUGGAAUCACUACAGUGGGGUAAUUAUGAAAUGUGGACCAAAUACAAAACUUUUUUUUUUUUUUUUUGUCAUAUCUUUUUUUUUUUUAACACAAAAAAUGACAUGAUUUUUAUUCCAGUUCCAGAUGAUCAUUUUUUUUUAAAUUUUGUGUCAAAGUAUUAACUCACACUGAUGUAUAUUUUGUCAUGGAUUUGCACGGAUGUAGCUCAGCCUUUGGUUGGGCUGUUCAGCUAAAGAUUAAAACUUUUCCCGAUGGUGCCUUUCCAAAAGAUGCCUUAAUGGUGUUUUUUCCCUUGUUAAUCAUGUGUUUUUUUUUGUUUUUUUUUCUGUUUUUUUUUUUCUUUCAACAUUAGAUUACCAAAAAAACUCAUUUCCCAUUCCCUCAUGGUUUCUUUGGCUUCUGCUAUGCACUUUUAUCUUACUUUACUAUGAAAAGAAUUUUGUAGUGAGAACUUUCUUUUCCAAGUGUGAAUUUUUUUUUUUAAUUUUGUUUUAAGUUAUCUUUAUUUAUCAUCUUGUCAGCUGUUGUGUAUAGUUCGCUUGAGCACAAUAUUGUCAAUAUCUUAAAAAAAGCCACACAAAAGGGUGGAUUUUUUUUUUCUAUUUUGGAUCUAAUUACAUGUAUAUUUAAUAGAUAAUAUUGAUGUUAAUUUAUUUUAAUGCAAUAUAAUGUUCACCAACAUCAAGCUGUUCUAAAAUUACAUUUUAUGAAUAGUAUAAUUCAUUUUUAUCAAACAAAAAUCAACAGAAACUGAAUUUUUUUUAAUGUUUAUUUUUUUUUAAACUAUUUUCUUCACAUUCAUUGUUCAGAACAAGUGUAUGGAUAAGCAAGGCUCUUUUUGCAUCUUAGUUUUUUUUUAAAUGUCUUUUUGGCAGCUAAUUUUUCAGCAUUUUAUAACAUUGUUUUUCAUUUCUUACUUUGGAGUAAAGUAUUUCAAUUGAUUUUACUUUCUAACCAGUGUCCCACAGAGGUUUUAACUUUUCUGGAUUGUUAUCAGCACUGACCUAACAACAAAAACUUUUUAAAAAGUGGAACAAAAUUUAUGUGUGCGUCAAUAGAUGUUCCAGUAUUACAACUUGACAUCUCCAUAUUUUGUAUUUGAGACCGAGAAGUGUUUUCAGUGAUGGCAUUUCUUGAAAAUCUUUAUUCUCUGACCUAACAGUAGGCAAAUAUCAAGCUGUCUUUUCAUGUUCAUGUGUACAAAUAACCAUUUAUGUAUUUAAUUUUUCUUUCCUCUCUAUCUAUUAAUUUUAAAGAAUGGUGAUUUUAUUGAUUGAACUACACAUUUUUUUUUGUGUCAAGCAAAAUGUCAAGGCAUUACAAUCUGUAUAUUAGUAAAGAAAGACAAGAAAUGUUCUUUUUUAAUGAUCUAAUUAUUUUUUUUUAGCAGUGUAUUAAAUGUAUGACUUAAAUAUAGGAAUGUAAUGCUCUUAAACCUUUUGUUCUUGACCUUGAUGUGAUGCAAGUCAGCACACAAAGAUGACAUUCUACCUGUUUGGGAACCCCUGAUAUUUUGUUUGUUUGUUAAUGAUUGAUUAUAAUUUAUUCAUUUUGAUACUUGCUAAUGUUUGGCUUGUUCAAUGUGUUCUUGUAAUAUAGGAUUAAACAGUUAUACUGUGUGUGCGUUUUUUUUAUUUUUUAUUUUCAAGUUUUUAAUUUGUACCAUGGGUUCCAGGAAUCGUCUUUCUUUCUGUGCAGCCUUGCCCGAUGUAUGACAAUACACUCACUGAAGUUUUUACUAA